AGUCACACCACCCACGCCUCUCGUUCUAUCCACCGCACGCACCAGCUCCAUCAUCUGCCGACCCCAUUUGCGCUUGCGCCUACUCCGUCGCCGGCAGACCUGGCUAGUGGCCGGCUCCGGCGAUCCCUCGCGCCGCCGAUCACUGCGCCGCACCAGAUUCUCCUCGUUUCUCUAUUCUACUCCAUGGAACCGCAACCGCUAAAUCACCGCCCCACCACAAACCUUUAAGCGCCCCAAGAUCCGUCCUCAGUUCCUCCUGCCCUCCCCUCCCGCAUCAGAUGGACGCCGCAGCCCCAGUCUCGCCGAUUCGAGAUGUGCCGCCGGGCAGAAGCCACGACGUCGCGGCGGCUUGUUCGCCGGUGCGCGCGUGCUCCGUUAGAACGGUGCGCGGCGCUCCGUCGAACUCGCUGCCCGCGUCGCUCGUGUGGCUUACGGCGGUUGCUGCACGCCGGCGUGGACGCGGCGGCUCUGCCCGCCUUGCCCGUCGCCCUUCUCCAGCGGCUGCAGCUAGAGGGCUUGGAUGGACAAAUCGGCGGAGAAUUCUCGGACCAGUACGCCCGACGGUCCAACAGCUUCGCGGACAAGUCCGUCGGUAUCAAGCUAGUUACAGAUUCGAUUUCAGAGAUAAAUAAACCUAUAAACGAAACUCCAGGACACUUGGUUUUGGUGCACAGCAAUGGAAUUUUGGUCUGACGUAAAACAACAAAUUUCUAGUAGUAUUAUACUCUCAUUCAGUAAUAUAAACUUGUCCUAUGUUGAUGCAGAGUUUCAGUUAAGAUAUAACUUAUUUUUAUGUACAUACUUUACUUGACAGAACAGAAUGGCCUCCAUUCUUUGUAAUUGUUCGUGGGAGUGUUGCACAUGACAAAUCGGGUACUGCAUCCCUUGAA